GCAACCACAGGGGUCCAUAGGCGAUGAACGGUGAAGAUCUGGAUAAACUGUACACUAACAAUGAACCGCGAAAACAUGAGAUAACAAGGCAAAACAAAUGAUAAUUUAUCCUCGAUUCGGGAUAGGAACAAGAUAAAAAUGAAUUUGUUGUGGGGAAACCAUCAUUCUUUCUUUUCUCUCAUUUUAUGCCAUUCUCCUUGGACGCUGAGCUGGUAUAAAGAUCUAGGAACAGCUGGAGCCGGUGAUCAUGGAACAGGGAUGUUGUCAUCUGAGUAAACGAAGUUAAUCGAUUAUGGAAUAUAUGGAAAAAUCUUGACUUGAAUAAGACAAUGGAAAGUAAGUAGUUGGAGAGCCGUUAUCACUUUCUCAUCACACGGGAGUUCUAUAUCCAGAAGAUCAUCCGCUCAGGAGAUGUCAGAUUUUUUUCUGGAAUAAUGCAGAAGAGGCGAGACCAUCAUCAAAUAUGAUUCGUGUCUGACACAUUCGCAGGUUUGAGUGAUAAGCCUAUUGCUAUUGUUGACGAUUAAAUAUAUUGUCACUGCGAAUCGGUAAAGAGGUGAUAACACUUAAAUUGUCCGUUUUUGAACUGGUUUAACAUACCAUUAAUAUAAAUGGUAUUUUUCUAUAGUAGUUUCUCUAGGUACAUUCAGAUUUUUUCCCUAUCAGAUACUGUAUGAUAGACGAGAAAUAACGAGCCCCGUAGACUACUGGUGACAUCACCCCAGUCAGAUCUACUGCUGUAGAGUAAAUAUCAACAAUGGUAGAGCCUGUGGGAUUUAUUGAAGCAUGGAAAGCGCAGUUCCCUGAGUCGGACCCCCCAAAGAUGGAGCUCAGGUCAGUGGGGUGCAUCGAACAGGAGCUUGAGAAGUGCAAAGCCUCCAUCCGGCGGCUAGAGCUGGAGGUGAAUAAGGAGCGCUUCCGUAUGAUCUACCUGCAGACGCUGCUGGCCAAGGAGAGGAAGAGUUAUGACCGCCAGCGCUGGGGUUUCAGGAAGGCCCAGGUGAACGAGGUAGGGGACCAGGCAGGGCUGGGCGCUGAGUCUCAGCAGCCACAUGUGCAGGAACAGGGGGAGCGGAGCCGGUUCCAACCGGUGGGGGAGGCUAGGUCCAAACCUAGACCCCCUCCAGCCCGGAAGUCAGCCUCCCACGGAGACGGGCUGGAGCUCCAGUCUGCCUUCGAGGUACCCCAGCAGGUAGAGCCCUGUGAGACAGACGGCCUCUCGCCCUCCAAACAGAAAGGAGGUAUAUCCCCUCGCCGCCAAAACCCACCCCCAAACAAGGACCUACUGUCUGACCCCAAUGACAAGCUUGGCAUGGGACUGGGGGUGGCAGCGCUGAGGUCUAACUUUGAGAGGAUCAAGCGGGCAAACUCUCACUCUGCCGGGGAUGGAGGGAAGAGCCAGGAGAAGCAGCAGCCCUUCUACACCAACAUGGACUUCCACCAUGACAGGGGCCUGGUCAGGGUCAAUGACCGAGACGUCUCUGACAAGAUCAGCACCCUGGGCAGUCAGGCCAUGCAGAUGGAGCGCAAGAGAUCUCUGCACUCCCUGCCAGGCAACUUGGCCACUGUGGCAGGUGAGCUCCGCACUCGGCCUGUCUACAGGGGGCGCUCUACAGAGAGCACCUGUGGGUACGAUGCUGAAUACGAGGAUGGGGACCCCAACCCACGCCACCCCAAGGCCAACGGGGGCAAACAGCCCCCUCCACCCCCAUGGCAACCCUCUGACUUCCAGCCUUACACCAGCGUCUACGUGGGCGGGGUGAUGAUGGGCGAGGGUGGGGGGGAUGGAAGAGGGGGCGUCAUCAUGAGGGACCACAUCGCAGAAGAGCACCACCUGACCUGGCCCCGGCGCUCCUACUCUCCCGGGAGCUUUGAGGACGUGGGGGGCGGAGGCGGCGGCUACACACCAGACUGUAGUUCCAAUGAGAACCUAACAUCCAGUGAGGAGGACUUCUCGUCUGGCCAGUCCAGCCACGUGUCACCCAGUCCCACCACUGCCUAUCGCCGGCCCUUCAGGGAGAAGAGCCGCUCACCCUCGCAGAACUCCCAGAACUCCCAGCAUUCGUUUGACAGCAGCAGUCCCCCCACGCCACAGUCCCAGAAGCGCCAACACCAGCAGGGCCACGUGGUCAUGUCCGAAGCUACCAUUGUGAGCGUCCGCAAGACUGGCCAGAUCUGGCCCCCACUCGAUCCGAACUCCACACCGGCCAGCAGAGCCUCCCAUGACAACAGUUUCCAUGGAGACCUGGAUGGUCCGUUCACGGGGACCCCUCCCACCUACGGGUACGAUGCGGACCGUGCGGAGGAGCAGAGGCGCCACCAUGACAUCCUGCCCUACAUCGACGACUCGCCCUCCUCUUCGCCACACCUCAGCUCCAAGAGCCGCAGCAGCCGAGACACCCUCUCCUCCGGAUCCCUUGAGUCCUCCAAGUCGACGGAGUUGGACCUAGAGAAAGGCCUGGAGAUGAGGAAGUGGGUUCUGUCUGGGAUCCUAGCCAGCGAGGAGACCUACCUCAGCCACCUGGAGGCACUGCUACUGCCUAUGAAGCCUCUGAAGGCAGCAGCCACCACGUCCCAGCCCGUGCUGACCAUCCCCCAGAUCGAGACCAUCUUCUUCAAAGUGCCCGAGCUUUACGAGGUCCACAAGGAGUUCUACGACGGCCUGCUCCCCCGGGUGCAGCAGUGGAGCCACCACCAGCGCGUGGGGGACCUCUUCCAGAAACAGGCCAGCCAGCUGGGAGUUUACCGGGCCUUUGUGGACAACUACGAGGUUGCUGUGGAGACGGCUGAGAAGUGCUGUCAGGCCAACACGCAGUUCGCUGAAAUCUCUGAGAACCUCAAGGUGAGGAGCACCAAGGACUUGAAGGAUCAGUCAGCCAAGAACUCUCUGGAGACUCUCCUGUACAAACCAGUGGACAGAGUUACUCGUAGCACCCUGGUACUGCAUGACCUGCUGAAGCACACGCCCUCCAGCCACCCAGACCACCCCCUGCUCCAGGACGCACUCCGCAUCUCCCAGAACUUCCUGUCUAGCAUCAACGAGGAGACCACGCCCAGACGCCAGUCCAUGACUGUCAAGAAGGGAGAGAACCGCCAGCUGCUGAAGGACAGCUUCAUGGUGGAGCUGGUGGAGGGAACCAGGAAGCUCCGCCAUGUUUUCCUCUUCACCGACCUGCUGCUCUGCGCCAAGCUCAAGAAACAGAUCGGAGGGAAGAGUCAGCAGUAUGAUUCCAAGUGGUACAUCCCUCUGUCAGACCUAACCUUCCAGAACACAGAUGAGUCUGAGCCUCUGCCCAUCCCCCAGGUCCCUGACGAGGAGCUGGACGCCAUGAAGGUCAAGAUCUCCCACAUCAAGAGUGAGAUCCAGAGAGAGAAGCGAGCCAACAAAGGGUCGAAGGUGAUUGACAGGUUGAGGAAGAAGCUGUCGGAGCAGGAGUCUCUUCUGCUGCUCACCUCCCCCAGUAUGGCCCUCAGAGUACACAACAGGAACGGCAAGGGUUACAUGUUUCUGAUGUCAUCAGACUACGAGCGCGCUGAGUGGAAGGAGACGAUCCAGGAACAGCAGAAGAAAUGCUUCAAGAGCUUCUCCCUGACCUCCAUGGAGCUACAGAUGUUGACCAACUCAUGUGUGAAGCUGCAGACUGUCCACCACAUCCCACUCACCAUCAACAAAGAAGGCCAAGAGGAUGAAUCCCCUGGCCUCCAUGGAUUCCUGAAUGUAAUCGUCCACUCUGCCUCGGGCCUCAAACAGAGCUUGAAUCUGUACUGCACGUUAGAGGUGGACUCCUUUGGCUACUUUGCGAACAAAGCCAAGACGCGGGUGUAUCGCUAUACCACAGAGCCCAAAUGGAACGAGGAGUUUGAGAUAGACCUGGAGGGCUCUCAGACCCUGAGGCUGCUGUGUUAUGAGAAGAGCUACAACAAGACCAAGCAGAACAAAGAGGACGGAGACAGCACCGACCGCAUCAUCGGCAAAGGACAGAUCCCGCUUGAUCCCCAGACGCUCCUAGGCAAAGACUGGCAGAGAACGGUCAUCCCCAUGACCGGGAUGGAGGUAAAGCUUUCUAUGAAGUUUACCAGCCGAGAGUUUAGUCUGAAGAGGAUGCCGUCAAGGAAACCCAUGGGCGUGUUCGGAAUCAAGAUUUCCACAGUGACCAAACGGGAGCACUCCAAGGUGCCCUAUAUCGUCAGACAGUGUCUGGAGGAGAUUGAGCGGAGGGGGAUGGAGGAGGUGGGCAUCUACCGAGUCUCAGGGGUGGCUACAGACAUCCAGGUCCUGAAGGCUGCCUUCGACACCAACAACAAAGACGUGUCUGUGAUGAUGAGUGAGAUGGAUGUGAACGCCAUUGCCGGGACUCUGAAGCUGUACUUCAGAGAGCUGCCAGAACCCCUCUUCACUGACGACCUGUACCCCAACUUCGCAGGAGGCAUUGCCCUGUCUGACAGCGUUGCCAAAGAGAGCUGCAUGCUGAAUCUACUGCUGUCACUGCCAGAACCUAACCUGGUUACAUUCCUCUUCCUUCUGGAUCACUUGAAGAGGGUGGCUGACAAGGAGAGCAUCAACAAGAUGUCCCUCCACAACCUGGCCACGGUGUUUGGCCCCACCCUGCUGCGGCCUGCAGAGAAGGACAGCAAGAUCCCCACCAACCCCACGCAGCCUAUCAGCAUGGGAGACAGCUGGUCCCUGGAGGUCAUGUCACAGGUCCAGGUGUUGCUGUACUUCCUCCAGCUGGAGACCAUCCCCACGCCGGACAGUAAGCGUCAGAGCAUCCUCUUCUCCACCGAAGUGUAGUGUUCCACAGGUUCCCAUCAUGAUGACAAUGGGAGAGAGAGGCUGUGAUAGAGACGUCGACUCAAACUGAGUCUACAGUACAGUAUGUCCAUUUGGGAAGGCUACUGAGAGUGAGAAUGGCCUUUGCUGGACUGCAGCAGGAGAUGUAUUCUGCACUGAUUCUGGACAUAUCUUGCAGAGGGCGCCACCAUCCCUCUGAGAACAAGAGGGUGGACACCAAUCCUCUGUUGUACCACACAUAUCUGAUGAUGAUAACGCAUUAAUACAUCACACCCAAUAGCCAGUGUGACUCUUUGUGCCUCUCUGAUGCAUCAUAUCCUCCUCUUCUCGCUCUGUCUCUUCGCUCUCACGUCGAAGCUCCACAGCUUGUGUACGGUGUAUGGAAUGAAUGCCACUAUUGAACAUGCCUGCUGCAACCAUAAAUGAAACACUUCAAUUUGAGUCUGAUCAGCAUGUAGGGGAAAAGAGUGUCCAAGGUUUUCCUUUUUUUUGUUGCUAUUGGCUUCUGCUUUGUAGGCAGAAAAACAGGCAGGGCCUGCACAGCGUUUUGUUUAGCCUUUUCAAAUGUUGAGUUAUUUCUUAAUCCACUGCUGAAGAGAUUCAAACCGUAUGUUUUACACAUGAUACAUUAGGACCACAACGCUACGAGAGUUGUGUUGAAAAGGAACAUCUGGGUUCUCUGAAGACUUUUAAAGAGGAACAUCCAGAGCUGCCAGGAUCACCAGUCUAUUUGUGUGUCCCAGGAAUCCACCACUCACAACAACAACAAAGUGUUUACAAGGUAAACAAACCUUGGACAAAGGCAGAGAUGGGGAGACUGCAACAAAGGCAUUUGUGAAAUAGGAACAGUCGACAGAAACAGAUUAUCUAUCAGUUAUAAUAAGACUGCCUACAGUUUGGACCAUAAAGCAAUUCCCUCUAUUUGUGUUCUUUGUGUUUCAAGUAGUCCUCAGCUUAAAUACCCAGGAAGCAAUAGAUUUUCUAACAUAGGAGUUUGUCUGCGUUCAUAUCCUUAGUCCGGGGAUGUCCUCAUGGUAACAUAGGAGAUCUUGCCAAAAUGAUCUGUUGUUUGGGAUAAAAUUUAACUAUUGUAUUUACAGAUACAGUACAGUAUGUACAUAAUGCUGUAAUUGUUUUAUUUGUUAUGAUUAUAAUUUAUUAAGAAAAAGGGGGGGGCAGAAAUCAAUGUUUUUUUCUAUGUGUUUGUUUUGAUUUGAUGAAGGUGGUAUAGGUUACAGACUUGAGUCCUGGAGGUCUGAGGUGAUGGGAGAUCAUAUGCUGCCUAUGUAACCAGGAUGUAGCCUUGUUGUGGGCAUAACUGCAGUUUUGUCCAGCCUAAUGUUAGCCAUGUAUCCAUCAUUAAGGUAACACUCCAUCUUUGAAUGCCAAUGUCACAACCCCUCUUCAUGUGUUUGAGUGUUCCAGUCCCUAACCACCCACCCUGAAAUCUUCAUGUGUUUGAGUGUUCCAGUCCCUAACCACCCACCCUGAAAUCUUCAUGUGUUCGAGUGUUCCAGUCCCUAACCACCCACCCUGAAAUCUUCAUGUGUUUGAGUGUUCCAGUCCCUAACCACCCACCCUGAAAUCUUCAUGUGUUUGAGUGUUCCAGUCCCUAACCACCCACCCUGAAAUCUUCAUGUGUUUGAGUGUUCCAGUCCCUAACCACCCACCCUGAAAUCUUCAUGUGUUACUGAAGUAGGAUACAAAACAGUACAUUUAGUUGUAUACAGAACAACAAUACCAUGUUUCCUCUCUACAAUGUACAAUAAUAACAUGUUCCCUUUCUACAACUUACAACAAUACCAUGUUUCCUCUCUACAGCUGUGUCGGUGGAGACAGUUAUUCUCAUGAUAAUUCACCUGUUUCAAACAAGUUGCGCUAAAUUGUGGAUGCUUAGCCAAAGUGGACCAUUCUGUUGAUGUUAUGAAGGAAUACUUGUUUAUCCUCUUUUCAAUGAAAGUGACCCAUCUGUUUCUCACCCAUAUUUAUGAGGGUGUCUGGACAGCUGUCAUUAACUGCCCUCCACACCCUUCCUGAAGCUCUUCUCCCUCCUGGUCUGCCUGAUAGUAACCCACCAAAGGGCCAUGGAAAAAGAAAAUGCUCUUAGAAUAUUUUGUUCAGAAGGAAAAAAGAGAAGAUUUAUAUUAGAAUGGUUUUAAUUUCAGUGCCUGCAGGCAUGUAGUCAUGUUUGAUUAAAGUCAUUUUCUUGUGUGUGUUGUCAUAAACAUAUUGCUAUAUUGGACUGCAGGAUGUUAGUGACCAACAAGUGUUUUGGUUUUGAUAAACCAAGCUUAAAAUAUGAUAUGAUAUGAUAUUUCAUUCUGGCUGGAUAAUUGUUAACAAGUCAUUUGUUUACUAACUCAGUCUGUACUGCUGUCUGCACUACUGAGAUUUCAUGAAGAACUCUGACAUUUUGAAGUUAGCAGAGACAUUCCCGACAGUUUUGACUGUACAGUGGUCAGUAGCUAGUGUAAAAUCUGCCAUCUGAGUGUGUGGUUGUACAUGCAACAUUCAUGUGCACACAUGCGUGAGUGAGUGAAUGAAAUAAUGGGACGAUUUGCUGUAAGAAAAAAAGUAGAAUUAAGACAUAACGUUUCAAAUCCAGACUUAUCCAUAUGCUAACAUAUCAACUAAAUCAGCUCCAGUUAAUAGCCAUAGUCAUCAUUUUAGUAACACAUUUUGUCCUAAUAUAUCCUCACAUGUCCCAUACACACAACUGCACAUUGGAGGAAGCCAUUGGUUAUGAGAGAGAAAGGCAGUGCAUUCACCAUUCAUUUCGAUCUCUUUGAUUUAUAUCAUUGGUGCUCAAUGUGACCCGCUCUGCUCCAUUGCGCCUCUGCGUCACAGCUUUUAUUCAGAGCGUAUGCCGCUGAUUUCAAUGUGUCAGUGGAAUUGCUGUAAGGAGACUUACUGGAGUGCUGAAAACAGACCUGUCCUUAAGGCACCUAUUUUGAGACCAAUACAUGAACGUAGAGUUUGGUAUCGCACUUCAUGGUACUAUUAGCCUGUGUGGGAGAUCUUGUCGGAAUAUUAUGAUACCAAGCUAAGCCCAAUUCAUGUUUGCAAUCAUACGAGACAGACACACAAAUGCUUAGUCAAUAACCCUCACUCUGCUUUAGCUCUGUCAACAUUAGCAAAAAUAACUCAUUUUCAGCUUUUCUGUUCCAGUUCUGUGUAAAAUGAAGUCUACUGUAUUUACGGAGAUGAAUACCCUCAUCUGAAGGAAAAAUAUAUUAGUAGUAGCAAAGUGGUAUCUAUACUUGUAGAAGGAGGACACUUUCAAAAUUCACUGUCAUGUUAUAUGACUCAUAUAUAGAUAAUAUCUCUCAAGGCUCUAUGCUAUGCUGUGUAUCAUUCAUUUGCAAGAUGUACUUUGUUUUUUCAAAUAACUGCCAAACAGUUUGUAACCAUCUGCUGUCCUAACUUUAACUACUGUAUGUAUCAACACGUCACUAAUCCAAAACAUGAUCUAAUUUGGAGGGGCUUGCACUUUCAGUUCCUUUUGGUUUUACUCCAGACUGCCCACUGUGAUGCUUUAGGACAUUUUCUGUGGUUUGGAAAAACAUUUGCAAGGAAAGAUGAAGGUUAUUUGAGUUUAUAUAGGUUAGUCACCUCUCUAACCUUGUCUUAUGGUUGUACAAUAUGUAUUGUAUGUAUCAUACUAGAGGCAUUGGGUUCUUAGGUUUAUUUAUUGUGAUGUUCAUCAAUACAUUUAGGAUUAAUCAUGUUAAUAAAACAGUUGAGUAAUUAGGCUUCAACUGAAAGAGAACUUGGUUAUUGAUUGUCAGUGUGAUUCUUCAUAGGGCUAGUCACUUACCCUGCCUCUUUCACAACAAAGUCAUAUAUGGCAACAUAAGAUUAUUCUAAAUAUGUGUACUAUGUUUUAAAGUCUAAAAAUAUGGAAUAUAUUACUCUAUGUACGACUUUAGCAUUUCAGUGUAUGCAUACUGUAUGAUGAAUGAAUAUUCAUUCUUUCAGUCCUUGUAAGUUGACAUGAGCCUGGCAAUAGUUUAUUAUAAUUCACUCCCUUAUUAAACGUAUUUUAAAUGACCUGAAA